AUGACUGCGUCAGGAACACAGGACGAUGUGAACCAACCACCAAAGCAAGAGCAAGUAGACGAAGUGAAAACGGAACCACCAGAAAGUAUCGACAACGGUAACGAGCAACCUGAGGAGCAGAAUGGACAGAGAUCUGAUCGCAAAACUGGAUCAUGUAAGUGGUUCAACGUACUGAAAGGCUUUGGUUUCAUCGUUCUUGAUGGCACGAAUGAGGACGUUUUUGUUCAUCAGUCGGAGUUGCAAAUGGAAGGUUUUCGUAGUCUGGAGGAGGGAGAGCGCGUAGCGUUCUAUGUGCGCACUCGUAACAGUGGACAACGAGCCGGUGCUCUGGAAGCCUUUGAGGUCGGUCCUGAAGAUCCAACUAAGACUUUGAAGGGCAGCAGCAUCCGUCCACUAGGAGCCAAGAAAGACCGCAUGAUCAGGUGGGACAUUGUGUUGUGUUACCUUCUACAGCAUUUCUUUCUAAAUUUUGCAGUUGUCUCGGUCGCGUUUGGCUAUAACUUUCAUUGGCUCCAAAAGAUUCUUGUCCCUCUCAAGUAG